AUUUCUCCAGCUUUAGAAGAAGUGAGGUUGAAAGACUGUGAAUUAGAGAAGCUAACAGAGGAGCAUCAGUUGUACUACUGUACUACUGACCUGAUGGAAUCCAAGGAUAUGAUGCUUCAGCUGUUUCGGGGACUGGAUUUUCUGCAUUCACAUCGUGUGGUGCAUCGGGACCUGAAACCCCAAAAUAUCCUUGUAACCAGCAGCGGGCAGAUAAAGGUAGCUGACUUUGGCCUUGCACGAAUCUACAGUUUUCAGAUGGCUCUUACCUCAGUGGUUGUUACUUUGUGGUAUAGAGCUCCUGAAGUUUUGCUUCAGUCCAGCUAUGCAACACCAGUUGAUCUUUGGAGUGUUGGCUGCAUAUUUGCAGAAAUGUUCCGUCGAAAACCACUCUUCCGUGGAAAUUCAGAUGUUGAUCAGCUAGGAAAAAUCUUUGAUGUAAUUGGACUCCCAGAAGAAGAGGACUGGCCUAAUGAUGUUGCCCUUCCAAUAAAUGCUUUCACUUCCAGACCCGCACAACCUAUUGAAAAAUUUGUACCAGAUAUUGAUGAACUAGGCAAAGACUUGCUUCUUAAAUGCUUAGCGUUCAAUCCAGCCAAGAGAAUAUCUGCCUAUGUUGCCCUCUCUCACCCGUAUUUUCACGAUCUGGAGAAAUGCAAGGAGAAUCUGGACUCUCACAUGUCAUCCAGCCAAAACUCCAGUGAGGUGAAUGCAUCGUAAUGCUGACUGAAGAUGAACCAUAAAUGAACAAAACACGUAGCUGACAAGCCCACUGUCUCACACAAACCACAUAGCUGUUCUAGGGAAGAUCAUUAUUUAGAGGUUUUAUGCACUUAUCUUUUACUUUGGGAUUGUGAUGUGCUUAUCCAAGGAAAUCAAUCUAGUUUACUUUCAUCAGAUUAACGCAAGGGCCGGGGCUUUGACCUGCUCCCAUUGCAGCUUUAUGUUUGCUUGGGUUUUGUUCUGUUUAUCUACCUGGGAAAACUCCAGAGGAAGAGAAGCUGCUGACUGGUUUUGCUGUCAUUUUAUCCUUUUAAUAUUGAAUGCUGCCAGCGUGGAGUAGGAUGAUGGAGUCACUGCCAAAACAUGAUGCAAUCUCUCUCUCUAGCUGCUGAAGCAUAAUUUGGUACUUUUUAAAUUAUUAUUAUUAUUAUUAUGUGAUCUCUUACAGCAAUAUUGUAAGAAUGGCAUUGAAAUAUCAGGUCUCUGCAAUCAGCAGUUAACUGAUACAUGCAUUAAUACAUCCAGCUACUGUUCAUUCAUAGCGUAUAUGCAGGUGCUUCCCCACUUGAAAACUUGGAUGGAUUAUUUUAUCAUUUCAUUGCUUUAUAAAAAUAACAGUGGUGAUAGUGGUCAUAAUAAAUG